AUGAUAGAGGGGAAAGCAGAGCACAGGAUCCUGCUGGGGCUAAAGAAGCUCGGAGAAUGCAGAAGUCUACCUGCUGGUUCUGUGUCUCUACUUACUCCCAUCUCCAACAUGAUGAUCAUCAACUUAGUCCUUUUUGGCAUGACUCAGAGUAGGAAGAGUUCUGCAGGGAACAUCCUGCUGGGAAACACCGACUUCCACAGUCACUUUGCUAGUCUUGGACGCAGUUGUCACCUCCAUGGCUUCGUGUGUCGAGGAGUCAGGAGAUAAUCCUACGUGUGCAGGUGCUGGACACCUGGGUUGCCCACAAGCAGGCUGAGUGAGCAGCACGUGGAGCAAGAGGUGAAGGAGGCCUUAGCUGGUCACUUCAGACAGGAGAGUCUCCACCUUGCACUGCUGGCACAGAUAGUAGAUGUGCCUCUCUGUUAGCAGGAAGCAGAUGCUAGUCCAGCUGAUCCAGGUACCUCAGAUACCAGUGGCAGACAUCUGGGUGCACUCACAGAUUGGGAGCAGCUGCAGAAUGAACUUUGGGAUAUGCCUGGAAGAAUUAUACUGCCAUUCUUCCACCCAUGCAGAAAAAAAGAGGAGGCUGAGUUCAAUGAGGAUUCAUACUUACUUGAGGCCUCCAAAGCACUGCUAGCUCUACUUAAAUCUAUUCAGUGUAGAUAUAUUUUCCAGUAUAAAAGAGAAAACGCUUUUAAUGAGCAAAAAAGAAAGACUUGGGCAAAUCCAAAAUCUAGAUCAGCAGAACAGAAGCUAGUUGGUAAUAAGAUGACCAAAUCUGAGAAAUCUCGCUGCAAGCUCCUGAAGCUGACUAGUUGA